ACGCCAGCGGCGCAGGCGGGCGGCGGUUACGCCGGCGGCGCAGGGAGCUGACGCAGAGCGGGCGGGCGGCGGUUACGUCAGUGGCGCAGGCCGGGCGGCGCUUACGCAGGCGGCGCAGGCAGCAGCGCAGCCAUGAAGUUCCUGUACAAGGAGGAGCAGCCGUUCGAGCGGCGCCGCUGCGAGGGCGAGAAGAUCCGCAAGAAAUACCCGGAUCGCGUCCCGGUGAUUGUGGAGAAAGCCCCCAAAGCCCGGAUAGGAGACCUGGACAAGAAGAAAUACCUGGUCCCAUCAGACCUCACCGUCGGACAGUUCUACUUCCUGAUCCGAAAGCGAAUCCACCUAAGGGCCGAGGACGCAUUGUUCUUCUUCGUCAACAAUGUCAUCCCCCCAACCAGCGCCACCAUGGGCCAGCUGUACCAGGAGCACCACGAGGAAGACUUCUUCCUGUACAUCGCUUACAGCGACGAGAGUGUCUAUGGCAUGUGAGGCGCCGCGCUCUGCCCCGCCACCAGGGGGCGCCCCCUCCCUGAAGGGACCUGCACUUUCUCCUUUUGUUGAUUGAUCUCCUUGAUAAGAGCCUUUCUCCUCCCCAGGGUGGGGGUGCGAGGAUGGGGGGGCACCCCUCCCCAUGACCCCCCCAUCUGCCUAAUUAAAUCCUCCCCAUGUAACCACCCCUCCCUGCUGUGCCUGGGCUUCCUUGGCUAAUCUCUGAUUUCCUGCCAUGAAGGGUUUUUCAACCCCCCACCCCCCGCAUCCUCCCACCCCCAAAUCGCCGGCUCCUCGUGUCACCCAGCAGGGCCCCGAGCUGCCACCAGGGGGCCACGUCAGCGCUUGUAACAUGGGGUGUGUGUGGGGGGGCAUAAUAAAAUGAGAAGGAAAACGCUGA